GACCUCUUGAAUGGCCUUUUCGGCCUGUUGAACCCGUCGCUACUCACGGAUAUCGAAUCCUUCUUCCACCAUUUCGCAUACUUGUUUGACGACAAGACAACAAAUCAGACAAAGUCCUUGCUUGACACUGCUUAUAACUUGUUGACUCCUGAGUUGACAAGCGAGCUUCUUACUCUGUUGAACAAUGCGAACCAUCUGCUGACACCGAACUUUGUCAACGAGACUCAGCAAUUAAUCGCUUCGGUCGGCCCCCUUGUUACACCCCAGGUGUUCCACAAGGUCUCCGUUUUGCUCGAUAAUGGCAAUGAACUCCUCACCGCAGAGUUUGUCAAGGAGGUUAAUGGAUUGAUUGGUAAUGCCAAUCAGUUACUCACGGCCGAUUUCGUCAAGGAAACCCGGCACUUGAUCGAGGCUGUGUCGCCUGUGUUGACCCCCGAGCUGCUGAAGGAGGUCGGAAUCCUGGUUAAUAAUGCCAAUGGCCUUCUUACAGUCGAGUUUGUCAGAGAGACCAAGUCACUGAUCAAGGCCGUGGCUCCUAUCCUGUCUCCUGAAUUGAUUGGUGAAGUGGGCACUUUGCUCAGCAACGCUAAUGGACUUUUGACCCCGAGAUUCGUGAACGAGACGCAAUCGUUGAUUGAAACAGUUGGGCCAGCUCUCACACCAGAGCUUUUUCGAGAAGUCAACUCAGUCUUGGGCAACGCUAACACACUGUUGACAACGCAAUUUGUCCAUGAGGCCCAGAGCUUGAUUCAUAAUGUUGCUCCUGUCCUGACGCCCGCUAUUCUCGGAGAAGUUGCUGGCUUACUGAGCAACGCCAAUGAACUUCUAACACCGACGUUCGUCAAUGAGACUCAGGGUCUGAUUGGAGCCGUAGCACCAGUCUUUACGCCUGCACGCCUCAAGGAAGUCGGCCAACUUUUGAAUAGUGCCACCUCAUUGUUGACCCCAGGUUUCGUUGACGAGACACAAGGCUUAGUUGGACACGCGAAUGACUUGUUGACGACCGACUUCGUCAAGGAGACUCGCACCUUGAUUGGAAACAUCUCACCCGUGUUCACACCCCAGCUGCUCUCCGAAGUGGGAGGUCUGCUCAACAAUGCCAACGCUUUGUUGACGCCGAAGUUUGUGAAUGAGACCCAAGGUUUGAUCGACGGAAUCUUUCCGAUCUUGUCUCCUGAGAUGAUCGGUCUAGUCGGCGGGCUCCUCGGCAAUGCAAAUAAGCUGUUGACCAGCAAAUUUGUUGAGGAAACCCAAAGCUUGAUCGACAACGUGUCACCUGCCGUCACACCUGCUCUGCUCGAAAAAGUGAACUUCGUCCUCGGCAACGCCACAAACUUGUUGACGCCCAAGUUUGUCAAUGAAACGCGCGAUCUGAUUGACGACGUCUCCCCAAUCCUGUCUCCAGAGUUGCUGGGUGAGGUUGGCGGUCUGCUUGGCCAGGCCAACAACCUAUUGACACCGAAGUUUGUCAACGAAACACAAGUGCUCAUUGAAGAUGCUUCUGAGUUGCUUCCUGCUCUGGUCAAGGUGCUGGGCACCUUGUGA